GUUUUUUAGGGAAAAUUGGCGAAAAACAUGAUCUUUAUUCUACCGUUAGUCAUCUCUUUAAGUUUCUUAUGAAUGGCGUGUGGACUUGGAAUGGUUUCUGAGAGUCUAGCGAAAUAUAAUUUUUCUCUUAAUUCUGACAUAAAUUAUUUAAUGAAACGACAUUGUCACAAUUACAUAAAUUUAGUUAUCAAACUUGAGCUUCAAGAACUCAAAAAGUGCAAACUGAAACAGAACUUUUACAAGGGCUUGCCUACCAGUGAUGCCAACACCAAAGUUUUAGAAGAGGAACUAAAAAAAGAAAAAGAUUUGAGGAGUUUCAUAGAUCAGCAUUCAAAGACUCUUGGAAGAUCCCAAAGUCAACUUCUACAAACUCGCUUUGACACAGUUCGUCCCACUUUUGAUGACUCCAAACAUUCUUUUAAUCUAAAUCAGCCGGCCACGUAUAGCGUCCCUGAUCCUGAUCGUAAUUUAGGAUCGGAUCUUAUUUCAGAAGAUUUGAAGCGCGAGGGUGGCGGCCCUAGUUAUCAAGAUCUUGAAAAAGAGGAGAUCCAAUUUUUACAUUUUGAAACGUUAAAGUUAAAAGUCGCUGAUCUUGCUAAAAGGAACGGAAUCAAGAAUGUUUCAGUGGAAUGCUGCUUUCUGCUUUCUGUUGCUCUUCAACAGAAACUUCGUAGUAUGAUAGAGAAGAUGUUUUUAAACUGCAAUCACCGAUUAGAAUCCAUUCGGCCGGGACAAGGCACGUACACCACUCAAGAUUUUAAGAAGCGACUACAACUUUUUAAAAAAUUAGAUAAAAUUGUAUUCGACAAAAAACAAGAUGAAGAGCGUGAGAUGAUUAGAAAAGUUGAAAAGUCGCGGCUUAAACUUUCUGAUGUCGAUGCUCAGCAGUUGCGUCAGAAAGCGAAGCAAUUAAGAGACGAGGAAGAAAUGAAACAUACGCAUCUUGCAGCUAACCAAACUGCGAUGGCCCGCAUUUUAGACAUUAAUAAAAAGAGACGGUCGAUGCUCUCGUUUGGGAGCAAGAGCUCAGCCAGUUACCUCCGCGAUUUGGACGCCUUGGAUCAGCCAGCCACGUGGACCUCAAGCCAGGCUUCUUUGGCUACACCUCUUACUCCCCGCCGCCUUAGAAGAGUUGUUCUUAAGGAUUUUGUUAAGAGCCUUGAAGAGGAUAGAGACUUGGCUAAGUCGCUUCUACUGCAUCGUGCUUUACUUCGACUGCAUUAA